AUAAAUUAGAGAUUAUGGAGUCAUAUUUAACUAGUCAAUGCAGCCUAUCCUGGAGAGUCUCCGACAGACUCCAAGAUCAGAUCCACAUUCAUAUAGCAACAAUAAUUCUUGUGCUGGUCAGUCAAGUGUGUUUUGCUGAGCAUACAGCUUGCACGAAGCUUUAGAGGCGGCUCUCGCUCUUCCUGGCUGUUAACUUUUCCUGGUGUGAAAAUGGCGUCAAAGUUGUUGUUGGCUGGUCUGCUGUUACUGGUUGUUGCGUUAGCUGUUGUUGAGGGCAACAACAUCGGUGUGUGCAUCCGAAACUGCGCGCAAUGCAAGAAAAUGUUCGGCGCUUACUUCGAGGGUCAGCUGUGCGCGGAUGCCUGCGUCAAGUUCAAGGGAAAACUUCUGCCGGACUGUGAAGACGUCGCCUCAAUUGCGCCUUUCCUCAAUAAACUCGAGUGAAAAGAAACGGCAUCACCUCCAACCUUUUUAGGCUAUUUUACCUGAGAGCGUAACUCUAUUCUAAACGCUUAUUAUCCUAUUUAAAAGUCUGAGUAGUUUAAGUUAUUGUUCAUCAUUUUUUUCAAGUUUUUAACGAUUCCACAAUGAUUUUUGCAUAAUUAAUCAUCUAUCUCUAUCAUCAUUCUUCCAAUUACCAUUACAUAGAGAAAGUACACAUAAGCUUGUAUGCGAACGUAAGCUUCUAUACUAUUACAAAAGUCUUAAUAAUUGAUAAUUAUGGGAGCAUCAUCAUCUACAAUUCACCACUCUCAAUUAUUACCAUUAGUCUACGCUUUAAGUUAUUAAUAAAUUGAAGUGAGAUGUGA